ACAGCCUUUAACGUCUGCUGCAAGGACUCUGGCUUCCUGAUGGUGCUCAAAUGCAGGGAGCAGAACGCAGCCCUGAAGGAAUGCCUGACAGUCUACUACAGAGAUCCAGUCUUCUAUGAGGAGUGUAAGCAGGAGUACAUCAAGGAGAAGCUGGAGUUCCAGAGGACGGGAAUCGCCACCAAGAACAGGACGCAGAAGCUCCCGGCGAGCAUGUAGGCCCGACGCGCUCCGGGGACGGGACGGAACAGGGCGGGUUGGCUGAAGACCGGACGGGGCCUCACGGCGCCAUCGUGGAGGGCGCUGAGACCCUUCUGAUCCGGAGCUCAGUGAGGGCCAUUUGCCUCGUAAAUGAUGUGCUUCGCUGGCAUUUGGAGUGUGAAGAUUAAAAACAAUGUUGAUAAUAUCUUUGAUUCCUAUGAAGGGGUUCAGCUGUGCUGCGCCCGUGCGCCUCCAUCUUUGGUAAAGAUCUUGCACCACCCACACAUAGCUGGAUACAUCAGUAUGUCCCAUGUUGGUUGAAGACCUUUAUGCCUGUUAAGGGUUUAAGGGUUUAAGGCAUUAAGUUGAUGAGUUCACAUGUGUAGGGUAACCCAUCUAUGUGUGCAUCUAUUAUAUUGACUCAGCUUUUGCUUUCAAGUGCAAAAAUGUCGCAACAUUUUUGUGCAUUGCUGCACAAUUGUUAAAUAAAAUGACAGCAUAUUGAUACCUGCAGUCAAGUUAAUAUUACAGAAAUGUUCACCCACUCUUCAUUAAAUUGUGUUUGUUUAUACAUUGUUUACCAUCCUUUUUUCGAUACAAAAUCAGUUCACCUUUAAAUUAAA